AGCCUACCAGUAUCGUUCGCAGCGACUCCAGCCAGCCGCAGCUUCUAGGUCUCGAUGUCCCCAUCUGCUGCCCGCGGCUUCCUUGGCAUCUCCGCCGUCGUCGCUCCCCCGUGGGUUUUCACUGCUCGCCUUUCCCCUCACCAGAUCGACAUAUCCCUUUCACCCUCGCAGAAAUUGUCGCCGUCGUUUCUUCCUAGGUUGUUAUUGUCUCUCUAUCCCAUCGAGCUGAAAUCACUGCAAUCGUUGAUUCCACUGCGGUCGUCCUCAGCCAUCGGCCCGCCGUUCUAUCAACAGCUGCCGGCGUCCGUGUCCAUCGGCCGGGCGCACCGUCCCCAACGGAAUCGACGGCCGCCCGCGGCUGCAGGUGCUCCCUCCCCUUCACCGAUAGUUUGAACAUAGGCCAAACUAUGUUUCGUGCUCAGCCAUAGGCCAUCUGCUCGGCGGUAAUGGCCAUGUUUAUCUGUGCUUCCGGAACAAUUUAGCCAUGUUUUUCACAUGGAUACUACAAUGUCUAAAUCUUCUAAGGCAUUCCUGCUUCAUGCAAGUCGUAAACGGAGUCACAGUCAUGAUGUUGGAUGCAGUAGUGACGCCUGCAUAUCAUCAGAUGGCACACCGCCAUUUGACAACAACAGCUUCCCUUUAGGCUUUCUUUCAGUUCAUGCGCGUUUGGUGCAGCGCCGUCCAUCUGUCCAAGCUGCCGUUGUUCCAGCACUAUGUCGAGUCUUGCUUCCUCUCAGCAAGAGUAUACGGUGCAGAACAUCGAUGAUUGCUUUCCUACAAGUUUCCAUUUGCCAUCUACAUGUUCUGUUCGACGACAUUUGUCUAUUCAACCUCCUGAGCUACAGGAGCUCCAUAGUGCACCUGUUACUUGACGAUGCCGGAAGCGUUCGCUGCUGGCUACCAACAGUGACUUUCCCACCGAUUUCCAGCACUCAUCUGCCUGUCGUGUGCACGCUCGCCUAUUACGGCAGCCUCAUGGCCUGUGCUGGAACAUUCCUUCAUCCUUUUUCAUCAAGCUGGAAUAUUGGUUCAAAGAAGAACAAGAUACCAGAUUGACUGCUGCAUUGUGCCCAUGCGAUGAAUUGUACUCGCUGGCCGUUUAGAUCAAGCAGUACGUGUGCCUAUUUAAACUAUCAUGCUGUUUUGGUGUCCUUUGUAUUUUUAUUGGGUUCAUACAAUAGUCACUAUUUAAGUUGCAACUCUGGAGGUCCGAAGAGUUUAUUAUGUUGUCUAUGCUCCUGCGGCGAAGCGCGGGCUCCCUACUAGUUAAGUAGAUGAAUCUCGUCGAAAUAAAGAAAGGGAAACUAAGUCGUUGCUGAUGA